AUGUCGCUCAAAGCCAUCUUGACCUGGACGAGACUGCCUAGCGCAGAUAGAGCCGUCUCCAAUGUCUGGAUCAAUGACGACAUCCGCCCGCUGGAGCCAGAGCGUCGAACAUGGAACACCAUGACCUUUAUAUCUUUCUGGUUGGUCAACCAAGUCGCCAUAUCCAACUGGCAACUGGGCGCUUCUCUCGUCGCCACCGGCCUUAGCGUCUGGCAAGUCGUCAUAGCCACCUUGAUUGGUAAAGUCAUCAUCAGCUUGGUCGCUAUCUUCAAUGGCUAUACAGGUGCUGAAUGGCACAUUGGCUUCCCUGUCGUUUCAAGAUAUAUCUGGGGUCCAUACGGAUCUUUCAUUGCCAUCGUGCAGAGGAUUAUUCUCAGUCUGGUAUGGUUCUCUGUGCAGUCGUGGACAGGCGGUCUCUGCAUCUCUGUCAUAUUGUCCGCUUUGUUUCCAAGUUUCCAAAGACUGGGAAACGUAUUUCCUGCAUCAUCUCAUCUCGAUACGAAGCAAUUCGUUGGCUGGAUUCUCUUCAAUGUCUCCAUGAUUCCAGUUCUGUGGAUCCACCCUCACAAGAUCAAGAGAGUUCUUCUUAUUUUCAACAUCAUUGCGUCGGUCACGCUGAUUUCUAUCAUGAUCUGGUCGCUGGUUGAAGCCAAAGGCGGUGGCCCUCUGCUUUCUGAGAGUGCAACAAAGAUGAGCUCUCAUGACCUUGGCUGGGCUAUUACGUCAGGUGUAACAACUGUUAUUGGUGGCAUAGCAGUUGGACUGACUAAUGCAAAUGAUUACACCCGGUUUGCUCAGAAGCCUGGUGAUCAGGUGUUUGGGCAGUGGUUUUCCAUCAUCUUUUUCGGCACUCUGUUUCCUCUCUUUGGUUGCCUCGCAGCAUCGGCCACUCAGGGUAUCUGGGGCGAGGCUAUCUGGAAUCCUCCCGCCGCAUUCUUCGCGGGCCUAGGCCUUGUAAUGUGCCAGAUUGCCAUCAACGUAGUUGACAACGCAUACAGUGCUGGCAUGGAUCUCGCCGGUCUCGUCAGCUCCUACAUCAACAUCAGACGAGGUGCUUUCAUUGCACUAGUCUUGAGCGUUGCCAUGUGCCCGUGGGAGCUUCUCUCUUCAGCCAGCGUCUUCAUCUCCGUCCUUUCUGCGUACAGUGUAUUUCUUGGGCCGAUCAUUGGCAUUCAAGUCUGCGAUUACUGGCUGAUCCGUUCCCGCCGCAUCAAGCUCUCCGAUCUCUACAACCCUGGUCCUACCAGUAUUUAUUGGUUCAGCUGUGGCUUCAACCCCAGGAGCUUCAUUGCUUGGUUCCUUGGCUUUGCGACUCAAUUGCCUGGAUUUGCUGCUGCUGUAACUCCUGAUAAAAUCAAGGUUGGCGAGGCUUGGCACGAAUUGUUUUAUCUUGCAUUCCCGCUGGGGUUCGCCAUCUCAUUUACUGUUCAUUACGCUAUCAAUCGUGUGUUUCCGCCCGCUGGCUUGGGGCUCGUUGACGACAUGGACUACUUCGGAUCCUUUACUGAGACUGAAGCCCUCAAGUUGGGUAUGGGCCUAGGAUCGGAGGGAAGUGAGAAAGACGCUGUGAUUCAAGGCGUCCCUGUUCAAACAAAGAGUUAA